ACGAGGUCAAAGGUCAACAAAAUAUAUAAUUGUCAUAUGGGGUGUCACUUUAAAGGAAAUUUUACAACGUUUUUGAAGACGUUAAUAUUUUUGACCUCGUGACCUUGAGGACGAGAUUAACGGUCACAUUCCUAAUGACACAAAAAUCGCCACUUACACUCACACUUUGCUGAGUGUGAGUGUGAGUCUCGAUUCUUCACUCAACUCAGUUGGUAUUCUUAAUGAAAAUUAACCUCCACUCAGAAUUUGUGAGCUGAGUCUCCAAUUUGUGAGCUGAGUCGAGAUUUUUGAGUGGGACUUUCAACUUGACUUGCAAAAUAAAAUUUCCUCUCAAGUAAAUAAUAGUAAUAAAUUUACUAAUAGAAUUCGUGUUAACGAUUUAACGUCUACGAAACUUGGUGCAUUUCUCUAUGCUAGUAUCGCGGUAAAUUAGCAAAGGUAUUAUUUCAUUGGUUGGAAAGAAGAGUGUGAUCAUGUCUAAUUCGGAAGAUGAAUCUGAAAAAAAGACUGCAAAAUUACCCCCGUUUACUUCUGAGGAGAAGGAAAUUUUGUUGGAAAUAGUGAAUAAGCCGUCUGUUAAAGCCGUAGUAGAGAACAAGCGAACCAACGCUGUAUGGACAGCUCAGAAAAAGGACGCUUGGGACAGUGUGAGUACGGAAUUUUGUUCCCACAUUUCGGUAGUGAAACGUACAGGGGCUCAGUUGAAAAAAGGCUGGGAAAAUUUGAAAAGUCGCUGCAAAAAGCAGAUUUCAAAAAAGAAAAGGGGGCGAGGUAAAACCGGCGGAGGGUCGAAAGAGAAUUCUCUUUUCCCAACCUCCUACAAGGUCGCAGCCAUUGUUCCGGCACAGAUGACCUCGCUUGAUAAUAAAUAUGACGAUGACGCUGAUUCUGCAGGAUCGGGUGUGGAACUUGGAUUUGAUGAGUGGUUACGAAGACGAAAUCAAAAAGAUGCAGCCAAACAAAGCACGGUCGAAAUUGAGGCAACUGCUGUCGUCCCACCAACUGAUUGCGAUGAUAUAGGAUGUACUAAUGACACAACUGUUCGAAAGGUGAUGUGUAGUAAAACCAAGCAAUUAAAACCACAAGACCGGAAGCGGAAACUACUCGCAGGGCAUGAAAUUAUUAUUUCCCUGGAGGAGGAGUUACAAGCCAAGAAACUGAAACUCCUCGACAGGCAAAUUGAAAGAGAAGAGAAGAAUAUUGCGAUGGAUGAAGAAUUUUACACUGCGAGAAUGAAAUUGAUUAGUUUACAAAUUGAAAAAUCUAAACUAUGCAAUGAUGAUUAAUCAAUUAUUCCGUUUAACCUUAAAUUCUAGUGAUUGCAAUUCAAGUAUGUAUGUAUACAAUUUAUGCUUUCAAUUUAUUUAAUUUGUUCGAUAACUUAUGUAAACAAUUUGCAUUUAAUUAAAUACAAGUAACAGCAAAUAAAACA